UUCAAAUUAAAAUUGAGCGUUAAUUCGACUUUUUAAGCCUGAAUGACAAGAUGUUACAAUAAAGGGAUUUUUCUUAUAAAGGAAAUUUGAUAGUUGUACAUUAUACAAAUAUACUAGUCAUGAUUUGCUAAAGCAGUUACUAGUAUUUUAAAUCGAUCAGUAUUCGGGACCUAUUAAGCGAUGUGGUACAUAUCGACAAAAAUUAAUGUUUAACUAUUAAUAGAUAUGGUUUUAAAGUUCUUCUUAGUUUUAUUUUUCUGAUAUAAGAGUGUAUUUAAUUCUGGUGUUCAACAUAGAAACUCACCAUGUCUGGUUUUCGCGAAACAUUUACUAGAAGUGAUUCAGAAAGACUGUUGGGCUAUGACGAUUCCGCAGCGUUUUACUUCGGUGGUUGCGUUUUGCUAUUUAUAUGCAUCAUGUGGUCGUAUUUUUUCAUUUCAAAUUUUUUUUUUCAAUCAUGUUUUUCAGCAUCAAAUAGUUUUAACAAAAAAAAUUGUCAGACAUGCCAAUGCACUUUAUGUGAAGAAUAUCGAAAAAAGAAAUUAAAACCCAAAAUUUUUAGUUACCAAUUAAUUUUUUCUUUUCGUUUCAUAGGCCAAUUUUUUAUUUUAAGCGUCCUAUGGUCUAUUUUUAUAUAUAUGGCCAUCCAUUUAUCCCACACAGUUCACGUUCAAGUUUUUGAUCCCUUUGAAAUUCUAGAAAUAUCAUCUAUUGCCACAGCUUCCGCUAUACGUAAAGCGUACUUAAGAUUAUCUCGUUUGCAUCAUCCCGAUAGAAAUCCCAAUGAUCCCAAAUCUUCUGCUCGCUUUAUACUCAUAACAAAAGCUUAUGAAUCUCUUACUGAUCAGGUUGCAAAAGAAAACUAUAAAAAAUAUGGUAAUCCAGAUGGUCCAUCAGCAAUGAAAAUCGGUAUUGGAUUACCCAAGUUUUUAAUUUCCCCCAACUAUCAGCUAGUGGUGCUUUUAUUUUUUUGCUUUAUUUUGCUCAUUCUGGUACCAGGGAUUUUCAUAUUCUUUUAUCACCGUCAAAAAUCAUUUAUGCCCAGUGGCUUGAGGAUAGAGUCUGCACAAAUGUGUUUUUAUCAUCUCAAAGAAGGAACUCGUAUUAAAGCUUUACCAGAACUUAUAGCUGCCUCUACGGAAAGCCAAGAAUUGACUCAUUUAAGGCCUUCUGAUAAUGAAGAUAUGAAACCUAUACUCAGUUGUCUUGAUAUGCAAAAAAAGAAAACUCUUUGUACAACUCCUUUAAUUUCUCGUAAUUACGCAUUACUUUUAGCACAUCACCAAAAACUUCACCACUAUUUCACAAAAAACCUUCAUAUGGAUUUAAAUAUUUUAUUAGAAAAAAGCGACUUAUUGACUUUAUGCAUGAUUGAAAUUGCAUUUUAUAAAAAUUGGUUUCUUACCCUUCAAUCUCUUAUAGAAUAUAGACGUCGGAUUGCCCAAGGAGUCGACUUGACAGGCCUGGCUUCGCCUUAUAUCCAAAUUCCUCAUUCUGACGCAACACUUAUUCGUAAAUGUUUACGUUCUCGAAAGUCAUUAAAGGACUUAAAAAGUUUAUGUGAAAAGCAAUCGGAUGAUUCUAUACAAAAUUUUUUUACGAAUUUAUUACCAGAACAAAUCAAAGAUGUUAAAUUGUUCCUCAUAUCCAUUCCUAUACUAACAAUUACAGCCAAAGCUUUUGUAAAAGACGAACCAAUCAUUGUUGAGGGUGAUAUUAUUUCCAUUGAAGUCACUCUUUCUCGACAACCAGAGGAAAAAAGACUAUCUUCUCUAAUAGUCCAUGCGCCACUGUACCCUAUCUUCAGAGAGGAGACAUGGUGGCUGUUGGUGUAUGAAAAAUCCACUUACCACCUCGUUUCGUAUUCGCGUAUUAAAAGUAUAUCGGGAACGAGGACAGAAACUAUGCAAUUCCAAGCGGGUGCUCCAGGGAAGAAAAUGUAUCAAUGCCUUGCCAUGUCAGAUGACUUUAUUGGUGUUGACACUGAAUGCAGUUUUUCUAUAACAGUGUCGAGCGCCUCUGAAACCAGUAGAUCAAUCUAUGUGCAUCCAGAAGACGAAGCUCUUGAUGGGGCUCCAUCAACACUUCAGCAGUUUUUAGGGACUAAUGAAAAAGAAGACAACACUGAUUAUUCAGAUAAUGGCAUAAAUGAGGACUUCACUGUGAAGAAGAACGAUGUCUCCGAAUCCAUUUCAACAUCGUUAGAUAGUUUAUAAUUGGUACCAAUUCUUGAUUCAGUAUUGGUUGUAGAGAUUUAUCUUAUUAAUUUAGCUCUUGUUUAAAAUGUAUUAAAAAAAAACAAGGUGAAUAAUGACUACCCUUUCCAUUUAGCAACUUUACAUUAGAACAAACAAAGUACCAUUUUACCAUUCUAGAUAACGACAUUUUUUUAAUCUUU